GACAGCAAUUGCCCCGGGUCAGCCUUAGGCGAGGCGAGUCUUCGGAAAACAUGUCGCGUUCCAUGGGCAACUAAGUCGUGAAGUGGCUAGGAUGUACCUCAACGGCCCCACUGGGCCCCAGGCUCUUGUUAACGGCAGUUCCGGCGAUGGAGGCGUCUUCCCCAUGGGCCAUGGCUAUCCUGCGGAAUACCAGCACAUGGUCCAUGCCCAUUGGCGGGGAUUCCGGGAGGCGCCAAUCUAUUAUCAUGCCGGUUUCUAUAUAGCCUAUGUGGUCCUUAUGCUCUCGAAUAUUUUUGGAAAUGGACUGGUCAUCUGGAUCUUUUCCACCUCCAAGUCCCUAAGAACCCCGUCCAACUUACUGAUCCUGAAUCUGGCCAUCUUCGACUUAUUCAUGUGCACUAAUAUGCCUCAUUAUUUGAUCAACGCGACUGUAGGCUAUAUCGUGGGAGGGGAUCUCGGAUGCGAUAUUUACGCUUUAAACGGAGGAAUCUCUGGAAUGGGAGCUUCCAUAACCAAUGCCUUUAUAGCCUUCGACCGGUACAAGACCAUAUCGAAUCCCAUUGACGGGCGACUGAGCUACGGCCAGAUAGUCCUGUUGAUCAUCUUCACCUGGCUGUGGGCCACCCCCUUUUCGGUGCUACCUUUAUUCCAAAUUUGGGGACGUUAUCAGCCCGAGGGCUAUCUGACCACCUGCACCUUCGACUACCUAACGAACACGGACGAAAAUCGGCUCUUUGUGCGUACGAUCUUCGUCUGGUCGUAUGUCAUCCCAAUGUCCACGAUCCUGGUGUCCUACUACAAACUAUUCACCCAUGUACGUACCCACGAACAAAUGCUGGCGGAGCAGGCCAAGAAGAUGAACGUCAAGUCCUUGUCGGCGAAUUCCAAUGCGGAUAGCAUGAGUGUAGAGCUCCGGAUCGCCAAGGCGGCUCUCAUCAUCUACAUGCUCUUCAUUUUGGCCUGGACUCCGUACUCCGUGGUGGCUCUCAUCGGCUGCUUUGGCGAACAACAGCUCAUCACACCCUUCGUUUCCAUGCUGCCGUGCCUGGCCUGCAAAUCGGUGUCCUGCUUGGAUCCCUGGGUGUAUGCCACCAGUCAUCCAAAGUACCGCCUGGAACUGGAGCGUCGUCUUCCUUGGCUGGGUAUCCGUGAGAAACAGACCACCUCGGCUCAUCCGGUGGGCAGGAGAGCGUGGCCAGUGUCAGCGGGGAUACUUUAGCGCUGAGUGUCCAAAACUGAAAGAGUAAAAAGUGCUACGAUUAGAAAAAUGGCUUGAAAAUGUUAUACGAGUUGAUUAGUUUUAAGGAGCAAUGAACUUGAAGAGUUCCAAAAAAUAAACACCAAAAAAAGUUGGCAUUGAAAAGGA